GUUGUGGAAACAGCAGCAUGAGUGGGGACAUGUACAGAGCCGGGUACCGCUCCAUCACCAACAUAGAUUACUCCCCCGUGUGCAUCAGCACCAUGAGUGCCAGAUACAGCCACUGUGCCGAGAUGACCUGGCAUCAGAUGGACGUACGCCAGCUCUCGUUUGACGACGCAUCCUUCGACGUGAUCCUCGAGAAGGCAACGCUCGAUGCCAUCAUGGUGGAAGAGAAGACGCCCUGGGAGGUGUCCCCUGAGACCAUCUGYUUCAUUCAUCAAGCUCUCACAGAGAUCAGCCGCUGCCUGAAACCCGGAGGUCGUUUCGUCUCCAUCACAUUCGCUCAGCCUUUCUUCAGGAAACGCCUCUACGCUCGCAGCGGCUAYGGCUGGUCGAUCCAGCAGCACAGUUACGGCGAAGGCCUGGAAUACUUCCUGUUUGUGAUGACCAAAGGGGAGGCGCUCAGCCCAGAGGAUGCAGAGCUGGAAAGAAAGCUACUGGAGGAACCCGAACCCCGUCCUGCCAACACUGGCGCCACACAAAAUGAAGAAAAUGAGGACUUCCUGUCGAACAUCGACUUGUGAAGUGACUCGGAUACGUAAAGUCUUCUCAGGAAUACCUUAUUUUUAAGAUUCACCAACAGGAAMUGUGACUCCUGAGCCUUAAACAUUUCUACACAUUAAUUAAUUAUCAGUGUUUUUUAACUGCUGGCUUGUUUUAUUCUAUAGAUAUAUACUACUAUUGUAACUUUCAUCAUGUUUGAUCAGAAGGAGCUUUGUUUAAUAUGAAUAUGACAUUUUAACAAUCUGUUAUUAGCUCAUUUUAAUAUUUUAAUCGUUUUAAGAAUUAUCCAGAAUUUAGUAUUUUAGU